GUUGAAAGGAAUCCAGUGCAGUUCUUCGCUUCGACCAACUUGACUCCAGUUGUGCUCAGCCCGCCCGGUUUGGUAGCGCACGGCUGUGCCUGGCUUAUGUGGCCUCUAUGGCCCUUUUCUGCUCCACUGUCAGAAAGAGGGAGGGAGGCUUCCCCCAGCACCAAAAUACCAUUCUGUGUGCUCUCUGCAGCACAGUAGCUAAGAACAAAUUUCCCGAUUACUCCCUGGAAUUUUUUGGAGUUAUUUGCUGGAAGAAGUCUUUUUCCCCACUUUAAAUGGAUGAUUGUGUUACAAUAAAGAAAAAGCAUCUCCAAAGACCAAUCUUUAGAUUAAGAUGCUUGGUAAAGCAGCUGGAAAAGGGUGACAUUAAUGUGGUGGACUUAAAAAAGAAUAUUGAAUAUGCAGCAUCUGUGCUGGAGGCAGUUUAUAUUGAUGAAACCAGGAAACUUUUGGACACUGAAGAUGAACUCUCUGACAUCCAGUCGGAUUCGGUACCGCUGGAAGUGCGGGACUGGUUAGCUUCUACAUUCACGAGAGAAAUGGGAAUAGUGAAGAGGAGGCCUGAGGAGAAGCCCAAAUUCAGAAGCAUUGUGCAUGCUGUACAGGCUGGGAUUUUUGUAGAAAGGAUGUACCGAAAAACUUCAAGCAUGGUUGGUUUGGCUUAUCCAGCAGAAGUGAUAGUCACAUUUAAGGAUGUUGAUAAGUGGUCUUUUGACGUAUUUGCCCUUAAUGAAGCGAGUGGAGAGCACAGUCUGAAAUUUAUGAUGUAUGAGCUGUUAACCCGAUAUGACCUUUUGAGCCGUUUCAAGAUCCCUGUUCCAAAUCUUAUUUCUUUUGCUGAAGCUCUUGAAGUUGGUUACAGCAAAUACAAAAAUCCCUAUCACAAUUUGAUCCAUGCAGCUGAUGUUACUCAAACUGUGCAUUACAUAAUGAUUCACACUGGCAUCAUGCACUGGCUCACAGAACUGGAAAUUUUAGCAAUGAUCUUUGCAGCUGCCGUCCAUGACUAUGAACAUACUGGGACCACAAACAAUUUUCAUAUUCAGACAAGGUCAGAUGUUGCUAUAUUGUACAACGAUCGUUCUGUUCUUGAAAAUCACCAUGUAAGUGCUGCUUAUAGACUCAUGCAGGAAGAAGAGAUGAACAUCCUGGCUAAUCUAAACAAAGAUGACUGGAGGGAGUUGCGUAGCUUGGUCAUUGAGAUGGUCUUGUCUACAGACAUGUCGGGUCAUUUCCAACAAAUUAAAACAAUGCGACACACUCUACAGCAGGCACAGGGGGUAGACAAAGCCAAAGCCAUGUCUUUGAUUCUACAUGCAGCAGACAUAAGCCAUCCAGCAAAAUCCUGGGAACUGCACUACCGGUGGACCAUGGCCCUGAUGGAAGAAUUUUUUCGACAGGGAGACAAGGAAGCUGCUUUAGGUCUUCAAUUUUCCCCACUUUGUGACCGCAAGUCCACUUUGGUAGCUCAGUCUCAAAUAGGUUUCAUUGAUUUCAUAGUAGAACCAACAUUUUCUCUUCUUACUGAUUCAAUGGAGAAAAUUGUUAUGCCUCUUAUAGAGGAAGCAACAAAAUCUGAAAGUCCUGCAUUUGGGACCCCCAGCCAAAAUAGCUUGGGAGCAGUAAGCAAUGCUGAAGCACAAAGACGACCUGGGUUUAAAAGUACUGGUGAUGGAGGGACUCACACAGAAAAUUCUCUAGCAACUGUAGACCUAAGGGGCUUCAAGGACAACUUGAUGAAGAUCAUUCAAGCAAACAAAGAAAGAUGGAAAGAAUUAGCAGCAGAAGGUGAGCCUAAACACUGUAAGUCAGAAGAUAUUGUAAAAGCCACGGAGCAGACAGAAGCACUGGUACAGAACUAGAUUUGCUAUUUCUUAUAAGCUUCUGACAUCUCAGGCAGGACAGGAGAAAAGAACUCUAGCUGCUCCUACCUCAUGAUCUCAGAGGCUGUUAUCUGUCAACUUGUUCUUGGAUCAUCCUAUUUCUGUGGAGAGUGAUUGAACAAAAUGUUCAAAAAUGUAAAAUGUAAAACCCUGAGCUGGUAACUCAAGGCACUUAAAAAUUUGCAAGUUUUCGGUUGUUUUUGUGUUGCUAUUUCCUCUUCUAUUCUGCUUUCUUAAACUAGCCAAAAUAAUCUUUUCAGCCAAAGUUGGACCUUGCUUUGUUGCAUCACUGGUACCAGACAUUUCCAGUUAAUCACGAGACAUGUGAAAACAUGAUGUUUGUCAUCCGCCUGGGAUUGCUGUUGUGUGUCACUGCUGCUGGUGUCCAAUGAAAAUGGAAAAUCAAAAUGAAAUGUGUUUCUAGAUACUUGUUCAUGCAAUCAUGCUGCAUGCACCAUAAAAGUCCUACUUGUUAGCUUCCUUAAAAUAUCUGGAAAUAAAUGUUUGUAGACUGUACAGGGAAGUUGCAAAGUUACGCUGACCAGCCUGCACGAAUGAAGAUUCUUCCCCACUGCAGUGGCUGCCUUAUGGAAAGAACUGGCAUUGAACAAAUUUGAAAGUAUUUGAAAUAUCUCUUUAAAAUUAAUUGAAUAGCAUCUGGUGUUAAAGAUUAAAACAUUCUGAAUCCUGUAAUAUUUUGAAAGACAACAGCACUGGUGUCAGCCCUACCAUGAAGCUGGUACUUAUUGUUUUGUAGGGUGGAAGAGACAGCAACAGAAAUACAUGAAAGUUGCUUCACUCAGCAAAAUGUUGAGUUGCCUCUCAGACAGAAUUGGAAGGUGGCACAGAGGCCUUAUGUCAUGGUUUAUCUCAAAUGCAAAGGUGACAAUAUGCUCAACAUCUUUGCUAGAGUUUGUUUCUUUUUGAGGGGCAGCAAAAACGGCAGCACACAGGCAGUUACCUCUGCAAGAAGCCUCAGAAUGAGCCCUCCAGCCCAAACUGUGCCCGUAAAGAAACUGCAUUUUCAUCUCUUCUUCCCUCGAGCUGCACAUGACCCCUCCUGAUUUGUCUGGGUGUCUUACAUAGCUGCAGCCAGCCUCAUUUCCCUCUGCUGGAACCUGCUAGGAAACUUCUAGGCUCCCGUUCAGGUUGUAGGCACUCAGGUGGCUCCAGAUGCUGCACUCCCUGUUCUCCUUUUCGGACCCUGUGGUUAUUACCUCACUGAACAAAAAGUCUUUCUGAUCAGCCAUGGUCCACUCUGAAGGGGACUUGUGGGGCAGUGGCACUGUCCUCUGUGCCAAGGGCGAUUGACACCUGUGUGCUGUUCAUCUGCUGCUUCAGGCAUCCAACCAGAGCUCAGCAUGAUCAGGCUCCACCUCAACAAGGGCAUGCUUUGUCCGAUUGAAGAAGGAAUCAUGAACCAAUCUCCUUUGCUGACCCUUACACGUCCAUACCUGUUGACUGUCUCUUUUCUGACAGCAGAGCAGUCAAAAUUGAGCUGGGAACAGUGUAAGCUCUGAGCCCUGGGACAAGGGCACGCCAAAAGGUGGAAUUCCUGUCAUUGAAUAUGUAAGCCAUAUAUGUGCUAUGCAUAAGUAGUAUGCAUAGUUUUAACUUAAGAAAUGUUUGUGCAUAUAGGAUGUAAAAAAUACAUUUAAAUUGUUUUGUGUAUCUGGUCCAAGGCUUGUAUUUAGCAUGGACAAAUUUCUGUACAGUGCCGUUAACGAAUGAAAUGUUAACAGAUGAAAUUGUAUCAUAGAUGUUAUAAUGCAAUCAAUAUUUUUUUGCUAAGAGUUAAGAAUUUAUAUAUUCUCUGCUGGUGUUUGAGCAAAUUAUUAGUAGCCUGGACCUCUCUGUGCACCUUUGCAUCCUUUUUUGGGAAUGUUGGACUCUUUUUUUUUCCUUUGUAAUAAAAUGUAAACCAUCUUA